UCACGGCCAGGUGAAACACGCCGGGUCGAGGCAGUUCCCCGUUACAACUCGCAUGUUCCUCAAUGUACAUUGCAAGCAGAUAAUAAGGAUUUACUUACAGGACUUACAGGAGCUCAAUAUCACAGAUGAGUGACUCCAUGACAGUCAGAGACCAGACAGGCAGGUAGUACCUCACAAUGGGGUGCUGUGGUGCUUAUGACACGGUGGUGCAACCUCAGAAGGGGGUGCCCCGAGAGGUUGAGGAUCACUUCACCGGUCCUACUAAAACCCGCUCAUGUCGAGAUGUGCUCUUCCUCGUCAUCUUCAUCGCCUUCCUCGGGGGACUCGGUUACAUCAUUUACCGAGCAGUGGACCUUGGCCACCCCAACCGCCUCAUCUACGGCGUAGACAGCUGGGGUAACACGUGUCACAGUGACAACGACCCCAUAGACGGAGCUCCCCUUUCUGGCCAGGAUACAACCGGUCUGACCCAGGUGUUCUACUACAACCCAAAUUACAUCGAAGCUGUAUCUAAACAAGAUCUGACAGUGUCAACAAUCAUGAUCUGUGUGAGCCAGUGUCCGCCAUCAGCCAUCAACACUGUACAGGAAAUGAAGGAUCUGGCCCAGUCUGGGCCGAGACUAUGUGCUUACAAUAUCGAAGUGACCGACUACCAGGCUGGACCUGCAAACGGAUCCGGAACGUGUCCACCACUUCCGGUUAAACAGCAUUCGUCCAUAUUCAAUCGCUGUGUUCCUUCAGAACUCACUAACGUCCUGAACCGCUUUGGAGACGUUUUGAAUAAGCUGAUGGAUCUCAUCGACAAUAACUUUGCCGAAAAAUGCGUGGAGGACCUGGAAAGGACAUGGCAACAAAUUGCUUAUCUCUGCGGCUUUGCCCUUGUUGUCGCUAUCGUAAUGCUGAUCUUCCUCCGCUUCUUUGCCGGCCCCAUUGUCUGGAUGACCGUGAUUCUAAUUGCUGCUGGAUGUAUUGGUGGUGUCGCAUUCUGCUGGUACAGUUACACGAAGGAGAAGACCAACGAAUGGUUGUGGGGAUCAAUAGGGGCAACCGUUGUUGCUGUCAUAAUUCUGUUGAUCCUACUGGUACUCCGGAAAAGAAUCAAGCUAGUUGUCCAACUGUUCCGAGAAGCUGGAAAAGCCAUAGCUAAAAUCCCUUUCGCCCUGCUGAUGCCAUUUAUGACUCUGAUCAUUGCUGGCGGUGUGACGGCUGGUUUGGUGUAUGCAUUCCUCUACAUUGUCACAGCAAAGCAUCCUGUACCCAACUCAGCAGGGGUUGUCAGCUACACAGAAGAUCAAACAUUAAAGUAUCUAAUAGCCUACUACAUACUGGGCUUCUUGUGGAUCACCCAGUUCAUCUUCGCCUGUCAGAGGCUCGCGGUGUCUGGAGCUGUGGCUGUUUGGUACUUCACUAGAGACAAAUCCGAUCUUGGAUGGCCGAUAGCACUCUCCAUCUCUCGACUGAUCAGAUUCCAUCUGGGCUCAGUUGCAAUCGGGUCACUCAUCAUCGCCAUUGUGAAGUUCAUCCGACUUGGCUUGUCCUUUAUUGAAGGACGAUUGAAAGGAGCUGAGAAUUUUUUGGCUAAGUUUUUCCUGAAGUGCCUUGGAUGCUGCUUAUGGUGUUUUGAGAAGUUUCUCAAGUUUCUGAAUGACAACGCAUAUAUACAAAUAGCAAUCAAUGGCUAUGGCUUCUGCAAGGCUGCAAAACAAGCGUUCCUGCUGAUCGUCAACAACGCCCUCCGUGUAGCAGCUAUAAACUGUGUUGGAGAUUUCCUCCUCUUUUUGGGCAAAGUUGGCACUGUCGCUGUCGUUGCCGUCGUAGGCAUUGAGCUGUUCAGGGAUAGAACCGACGUCCAUUACACAUGGGUUCCCAUCACUGUGGCUUGCAUCUUCGCCUACUUCAUCUCAAGUUGUUUUCUGGCGGUGUAUGAGAUGACCAUCGAUGCCAUAUUUGUGUGUUUUGUGGAAGACUGUGACAGGAACGAUGGUGUAGAGCGGCCUUACUACAUGAGCAAAGGUCUAAUGGAUUUCGUGAAGAACAGCGGAGAAGCAAAGGCUAUUGCAAAGAAGAGAGAAGAGGUGUUUUGAGCGUCCAGUGUACAUACUGUUUAUGAUAUGGCCGCUGUACUACAAAUUGGCGAGCUAUCAAUCAAACCAUACAAUCAAAGAAUAUUUUAACUUUUUUAGAAUGUUUAUAUCUGUCCAGUAUUAUACAGCGUUCGAUCGCUUCUUUCAAUCAAGAUCAAGAUAUGUGUUAAAUGUAUUGACAUGAACGCACGUUGUACAUAUUAAGCCUCGUAUGAAACCCAUUCAUGUGAAAUAUAAAUAUUGGGGUCCUUGACUCUUGAAGCGUAGGUGAAUAUUUCCUUCCUUUACCUUUCCGGUUUCACUUUUCUAAAAAGCUGAACAGAAGAGUGAACCAUUUUUUCAAAGUAUUUUCAAAACAGAAUUUUCUUCCAUAUAUUGUUAAAUUUCAGCGAAGGUUGGGCUGUGAAGUCACCAAUAGUCGCUGAAUAUAUCAGAUUAUGUAUUGGGGAGGUAAAAAUGUCGAAAAUGUAGUCACUUAACUAUCAGCAGUUAGAACCAAACUAUAUGCUAACAGGAUAGACCACAAGUAUCUAGGUGAAGCUGUACAGUUUAGAUUAUAAGACACUUGAAGCGUCAGGGAACCCCUUUCACCUUUGCUUUCGGUUUCGCUGUUUUUUGUGUGGUUUUUUUAAAAAUGAAGCUAAACAGGGAGUUUACUGAUACUAACUGCUGUGACGUCACUCAUUCAUAUGUGACUAACCUUUCUUGAGUAUAUGUUAGUGUAUGCUGUGUUUUUAGAUAUAGUGCUAAUUCAAUUCGUUGUUCAUUGGUGUUUCUUUUUGUUGGAGAUGUGUGAAUUUACAUACAUUAUAUAUUUUGAAUGAGCACGUCCCGUUUAAGGGGAAAUAAUCUUUUAAUUUACAAUUCCUUUUUCUUUGUCAAAUUACUCGUACCGCGCUUUAUUUAAUGAUAAUAUCAUGAUCAUAGUUCUACGCAAUUGGGAUACGAUGAAAUGUAUUUUUGGAGGGGAUAUAUCUAUUCUGCAUCCCUUUGAGGAUGUAUCAAAUGUGUAUUCAUCUUUUGCCAUGGAACAAUGCACGACAUUAUUCAGACUCAAAUUUUGUAGUGCAGGACCCUUAUUCUCAAAACGUUCGUAGCCCUAAGAAUUCUCAACUCUGAUCGUAGCCAAUGUGUUAAGAAUGGGCUUAAGAAGUUCGUAGAGCUAUAAACGUUUCGAGAAUAGCUAGUCUGAUUCGUAUACUGCAAAAAUCUGUUUUCCGUUUUGGUGAAACGUUUUCUUCAUGUCAUAAAAAAGAACAUUACGCAAAUGUUACAUUUAUGAAUUAUUUUAAUGUACUAAGAAUCCGAUGAAAAGUAUAUGGCUGUAAUUUCUAUGUAAUGUAUAUUUCUGUUUUCUGAUAAUGAACAUUUUCGUGUGCCAAAGCAACAACAUGUAUAUACCGUUAAUAGUUCAUCAGAGAUCUGUUUGAAAAAAAUGUUUUGGCAUGUGAAAUUAAUACUGUCAACAUAAUAUAUCUAGAUCUGUUUCAUAUGGUUUAUGUAUUGGAUGUUGAUUUGGAAAUAAACAUGUUUUACAUUGAACGCUU